AUGGGAGAUGACUUUGGGAAUCUUGUAGACCAGAUCGGACAUUACAUUUCUGUGGAUACAUCCUAUGAGGGUGAGAAAGCCAUUCUGUCCAGUCCCGAGCUGUACUCAGAGGAGUGGAGCUGUGUCAGACUGAUUUAUCAGAUAGCAACAACUUCAGAGGCUUCACCUGAUCCCGCCAGGCUCAACCUGUACCUGAGGCAGGAAGGAGAGAGCUUUGAUCGUUUGCUGUGGUCAGCCAAGGAGCCUUCAGAUAGCUGGCUCAUAGCUAGCUUAGAUAUAACUAACAGCACAAAGAAGUACAAGAUUGUACUGGAAGGUGAACUGGGACAAGAUAAAUCUGCUAGUAUAGCAGUUUUUGAAAUAAAAAUAACUCCUGGAUAUUGUAUUGAAUGUGACUUUGAAGAAAAUCAUCUUUGUGGCUUUGUGAACCGCUGGAACCCCAAUGUCAACUGGUUUGUUGGUGGAGGGAACAUUCGCAAUUCUCAGUCUAUCCUGCCCAGAGACCACACACUUAACAGUGAACUGGGUCACUACAUGUAUGUGGACUCUGUUUAUGUCAGACAUUUUCAGGAAGUGGCCCAGCUAAUCUCGCCAAAGACCACGGCCCCCAUGUCUGGCUGCUUAUCUUUUUACUAUCAACUUAAGCAGGAGAGUAGCAUUGUUUUUACUGUUUACUUGAGAGACACAAGUGGCUUUUAUGAAGAGAUCUGGAAGACAGACAGUGCACUGAGUGCAGACUGGGCGCUAGCAGAAGUUGACUUCGAUGCACCGUACCCCAUGGAGGUAAUAUUUGAAGUUGCUUUCAAUAGUGCCAAGGGAGGUUAUGUUGCCCUUGAUGACAUAUCUUUCUCUCCAGUUUACUGCAGCAAUCAGACAGGGACUCCUUUCAAUCCUGCCGAGGCAGGCUGCAAUUUUGAGGAAGAUCUGUGUAAUUUUUACCAGGAACACAAAGAUGGCCCAGGAUGGAGCAGAGUGAAAGUGAAGCGUAACGUGUAUAGAGCAGGAGACCACACUACCGGGUUUGGUUAUUUCUUGUUGGCAAACACAAAGUUUACAUCACAGCCUGGGUACAUUGGACGUCUGUAUGGCCCAACCUUGCCAGGAAAUUUGCAGUUUUGUCUGCGUUUUUAUUAUGCCUUAUAUGGAUUUUUCAAAAUGAGUGGUACACUUGCUGUUUAUAUCUUUGAGGAGAAUCAUGUAGUUCAAGAAAAAAUCUGGUCUGUCUUGGACUCUCCAAGGGGAGUUUGGACUCAAGCUGAAAUCUCCUUCAAAAAGCCUAUGCCUUGCAAGGUUGUCUUUGUCAGCUGGUGUAAAAGCUUCUGGGACUGUGGACUUGUGGCACUGGAUGAUAUAUCACUGAGCCUGGGAAGUUGCCAGGCUGCUGAUUUACUGCUGCCCAGUCCUGGAGAGUGUACUUUUGAAAAAGAUGAGUGUGUGUUCACCCAGAAGAAGAGAGGUCGUGGGAUUUGGCACAGGAGGAGGGGUCCAACUCCCACUUCUUACACCGGACCGAGAGGAGACCACACUACUGGGGUAGGCUACUAUAUGUAUAUAGAGGCAUCCAACAUGGUCUAUGGACAGAGAGCAUAUCUAGUUUCAAGCUUAUUAAGAGGAACCUCUGGAAAACAGUGCUUGACAUUCUUCUAUCACAUGUAUGGAGCUGGGACUGGAUUAUUAAGUGUUUAUCUAAAAAAGGAAGGUGAUGAUGAAGAGAUUCCUUUGUGGAGGAGGACAGGGGAACAAAGCAUCUCAUGGCUAAGGGGACUCAUAGAAUAUGAAAGUGACAGAAACUACCAGAUUAUUUUUGAGGCAAUCCGCGGUGUGUCCAUGAGAAGUGACACUGCUAUUGAUGAUAUUCUGUUCCAGGCCGGACCCUGUUUAGAAGUGGAAGAAAUUCAAUUUUCAUCAGGCUAUCCUGACAGCUUAAACGAAAUUGAAUAUUAA